AAAGACUCAUGUUGAAACACACAGUGAUGAUUAUAAUUAUUAUUGCAAGAUCUGUAAAAGACGUUUUAAAACAAGGAACUGUUUAUAUGCUCAUAAAUUAGUACACAGCGAUAAACAGCGAUAUGCCCAUUAUCGAGUUGUAACUUUUGGGAAAUGAUUUGUUUAGCAAUCUUCUUAGUCUUUUCUAACUUUACAAAUCUUCAAAACUUUGAAAAUGUGAAUCAGGAGUAUUCUGAAGAUUCGGCAGAUGCUGAUCUUGCCUUGCAAAAUCCCGAUCUUUCUGGUGGCGAUAUGAUUGGAGAUAUUGAUUUUAUACGGGGUGCAGUUCCAAAAAGUUCUGAUUUGUGGCCUGAAGGAAUAAUACCAUACGUAAUUGAAGAAGAACUGCUAAGUUCUAACAAAACUAAAUGGUUAAUAAAAGCAGCCAUGAUGAAUUUCCAAAGGAGUACUUGUAUUCGAUUUAUAGAGAGAACCAACGAAGAAACUUUCGUAAGAAUUUUCAAAGGACCUGGAUGUUACGCUUCAGUGGGUCGAGAUAAAGGCGAACAUUCCGUAUCACUGUCAGAUGGUUGCAUGUAUUUUGGAACCAUAGUUCAUGAAUUGAAUCACAUCGUUGGCUUCUACCACGAACAGAAUCGACCCGACAGAGAUGAAUACAUAAAAAUACUUUGGGAGAAUAUAAAACCACAUAUGGAAUCGCAGUUCGUUAAGUUUGGGCCACAUCAAAUGCGAAUAUUAAAUAAUUUUGAUUAUACUUCCAUAAUGCUGUAUGGAGAAAGAUUUUUCUCAAAGGACGGGCGCAGCAGAACUAUGAUAGCUAAAAGACCGGGUGUAAGGCUCGUUAACAUCAGCAGUAAACCAGGGUUGAGCAAAAGUGAUAUAUUUCGUAUAAAUACGUUAUAUAAUUGUAAUAAUUCGAAUAAAAAAUCAUAAAUGAAAUUGAUUUAUGUAAGUUCUUACUCUGCACUUUUCUAAAAAUAUAAAUUUAUCAUUGUUUAUGUUUUAAGAUUAUUUAAUAUUAUUUUAUGCUGAGAUUUCAUUAUAUUAUUUACUUAUACUAAUAAAAGUGGAAUGUUUUCAUAUUAAUUUUAUAUAAAUUUUAAAAAGUCUUUAAAAUCACAAGUUUUGCUCUAUAUCCGGGCUCAAAAAUCAGUUAAAAUUGUUCAUAGAAAACAUGGGUAAGAAGUAACAAAAUAUUUGAAUAGGACAAGACAUUUCGUAUUUGUAAUGGUUAACUGACUUUCGGUACACCUCGUAUGCAGCUAAAUGGCAGAGCGAUUGAGGUGGACUGCUGAGAGGUCAGGAUUCGGAUGAACCCGAGGAAUUUUUAUGGUGGUUCAUCAGGAUAUUCGGACCCUCACCAUUCGGCCGCUUCAUAG